UGCAUGCGGGAAGCCAGUGCGAGAUGGCGGUCGAUUCUCAGGCCGUGUAGGACUCUUUCAGAUCCGCCGUGUAGCUUUAAUUUCUGCCUUAUCUCAUCCCGCCUCUGAGCCGAGAUAUGGAGGGGGGGAAACCGAACCUGACCCUGGUUUACCAGGCGGUCCAAGCCCUGUACCACGACCCGGACCCGGCCGGCAAGGAGCGUGCCUCGGUGUGGCUCGGAGAGCUCCAAAGAUCGAUGUACGCCUGGGAGAUCUCAGACCAGCUGCUGCAGCUCAAACAGGACGUGGAGUCGUGUUAUUUUGCUGCUCAGACGAUGAAGAUGAAGAUCCAGACAUCCUUCUUCGAGCUUCCUCCUGAGACCCACAACGCACUUCGAGACUCGCUGCUGACCCACAUCCAGAACCUCAAAGAUCUGUCGCCCAUCAUUGUCACUCAGCUGGCUUUAGCGAUCGCAGAUCUCGCUCUUCAGAUGGCGUCUUGGAAAGGAUGCGUUCACACGCUCAUAGAAAAGUACAAUAAUGACAUCAGCUCGAUGCCCUUCCUGGUGGAGAUCCUCACUGUGCUUCCAGAAGAAGUUCACAGUCGAUCUCUACGAAUCGGAGCCAAUCGUAGGACAGAGAUCAUCGAGGAUCUGGCUUUUUACUCCAGCACUGUGGUCACCCUGCUGACGUCAUGUGUGGAGAAGACGGGCGACAAUGAGAAGAUGCUCAUCAAAGUGUUUCGUUGUCUCGGCAGCUGGUUCAACCUGGGAGUGCUCGACACUAACUUCAUGGCUAAUAACCAGUUGCUCAUGGUUCUCUUCCAAGUCCUGCAGAGGGAUGAAACCUCCACUAACCUCCAUGAGGCGGCGUCGGACUGUGUCUGCUCGGCUCUCUACGCCAUAGAAAAUGUGGACACCAACAUGGCGUUGGCUCUGCAGCUCUUCCAGGGCGUCCUGACCUUGGAGACGGCUUAUCACAUGGCUGUAGCCCGAGAAGACCUUGACAAAGUGCUGAACUACUGCAGGAUCUUCACCGAACUCUGUGAGACGUUUCUAGAGACGACUGUCAGGAGUCCAGGUCAGGGUAUGGGUGACCUGAGGACACUGGAGCUGCUGCUGAUCUGUGCAGGACACCCACAGUACGAGGUGGUGGAGAUUUCCUUUAACUUCUGGUACCGUCUGGGAGAACAUCUGUAUAAAAUUAAUGAUGCGGCGCUUCACACCAUCUUCAGACCGUACAUCCAGAGACUUCUGCACUGUUUGGCUCGACACUGUCAGCUGGAUCCAGACCACGAGGGAAUCCCGGAGGACACAGAUGAUUUUGGAGAGUUCAGGAUGAGAGUCUCUGACCUCGUUAAAGACGUAAUUUUUCUUGUCGGGUCCAUGGAGUGUUUUUCUCAGUUAUAUUCUACGUUAAAAGAGGGGAACCCCCCCUGGGAGGUGACGGAAGCUGUUCUUUUCAUCAUGGCUGCGAUUGCGAAAAGUGUCGAUCCAGAAAACAACCCUACGCUGUCGGAGGUGCUGCAGCAGGUGGUUUUACUUCCUGAAAGUGUCCACAUGGCGGUUCGAUACACAAGCAUAGAGCUGGUUGGAGAGAUGAGCGAGGUCGUAGACAGAAACCCAAGAUUCCUGGACCCCGUGUUGAGUUACCUUAUGAAAGGCCUCGGAGAGAAACCUCUGGCGUCAGCGGCGGCGAAGGCGAUCCACAACAUCUGUUCAGUGUGCAGAGAUCACAUGGCUCAACACUUCCAGGGUCUGCUCGACAUCGCUCGCUCCCUCGACUCAUUCGCCCUGUCCACAGAGGCAGCCGUAGGACUGCUCAAAGGUACCGCUCUGGUCCUGGCUCGUCUUCCUCUGGAGAAGAUUGCAGAGUGUCUCAGCGACCUUUGUGCAGUUCAAGUCAUCGCUCUGAAGAAGCUUUUAGCAGAAGAAUCUACAAACGGUAAAUCGGCUGAUCCCACUGUUUGGCUCGACAGACUGGCUGUUAUCUUCAGACACACAAACCCCAUAGUAGAGAAUGGACAGACUCACCCCUGUCAGAAAGUCAUCCAGGAGAUCUGGCCGGUGCUGUCGGACACUCUGAACACUCAUCAGGCUGAUAACAGAAUCGUGGAGCGAUGCUGUCGCUGUCUCAGGUUCGCUGUCAGAUGUGUUGGGAAAGGUUCCGCCUCCCUGCUACAGCCACUCGUCACUCAGAUGGUGAGUGUGUACCAGGUUUAUCCACACUCCUGCUUCCUGUACCUGGGCAGCAUCUUGGUGGAUGAGUACGGCAUGGAGGAGGGCUGCAGGCAGGGGCUGCUUGACAUGUUACAGGCUCUGUGUCUGCCGACCUUCCGGCUCCUGGAUCAGGCCAACGGUCUGAGGAAUCAUCCCGACACCGUGGACGACCUGUUCAGACUAGCCACCAGGUUUGUUCAGCGGAGUCCAGUCACGUUACUGAGCAGCAGCAUCAUCAUUAGCAUCAUCCAAUGUGCGAUUGCUGCCAGCUCAUUAGACCAUCGAGACGCCAACUGCAGCGUCAUGAAGUUUGUCCGAGAUCUGAUUCACACCGGAGUCGCCAACGACCACGAGGAGGACUUUGAGGUGCGGAAGCAGCUGAUUGGUCAGGCCAUGGAGCAACAUGGUCAGCAGCUAGUCACUCAGCUCAUGCAAUCGUGUUGUUUCUGUCUGCCGCCGUACACGCUUCCUGACGUGGCCGAGGUUCUGUGGGAGGUCAUGGCGUUUGACAGACCUACGCUCUGUCGCUGGUUAGAAAUCGCUCUGAAAGGUUUACCAAAGGAGACGUCAGGAGGCGCCGUGACAGUCACACACAAACAGCUGACUGACUUCCACAAACAGGUUACCAGUGCUGAGGAGUGUAAACACGUGUGUUGGGCCAUCAGAGAGUUCACCAGACUGUUCCGAUAGCUGCAACCUUCACACCUCACCAGGUUAAAUGUUUUGUUGACCAACGUUCAGAGGUGACGGCAAAAAUCUGCGACUGCAGACGAGGAUCCACAGAACGAGGAAGAGGAGGAAGAGCGACUGAGAGAACGUUAAGAGGUUACGUGUGAAACGGGAUGAAUUUCUCUGACAGACUGACAGAGUGAGGACUGACUGAACAGACCGAGUCCUCCCCCUGACCCCUGACCCCUGAACUCACCUGCAGCAGGUGAAAGAGGGCGGGGCCAGGACUGGGAGGAGUUCACUAAGUGAGCUGAUGCGGAUCACACCUGUUGGAUCUUGAUGAAUCGGAGGACGUGCCUGGUCAACAGUUUUUAAGAGAUUUAUUUUUGGGACUUUGGUCGUGAUGUUUUUUUGUCCGUGCCAUUGAAUGAGCCAAAAAAAUUCCCAUGAUGCUCUUGGCUGAGCGGCUGCCUGAGGGGGCGUGAUCUGGUGGAUUUGGCGUCACCUUUGACCUUUUUAACUUUGGUUGAAUUUUAGUUGUUUUUCCACAAAGUGAGAGAGACUGACACCAUGACAUCAUCGGUGAUGUAGCCUUGUUGUAAACAAUAAACAACUGAAACAACAAACAACGUUUUAUUAA